AUGGAAACUAUUGAGCAUUUGUUCUUCUUCUGUGAAAAGGCUGUGGAAACGUGGAAGCUAGCACCGGUCAGGUGGGAUGGAUUACUGGGUAUGCAAUAUAACUUUUGGCUAUGGUGGGAACAAGUCACACAAUCGCUGGCACUGAACCAAGGUCAGGAGAGAGUUAGUCUUACUAUCAAUAUCCUUUGGCAAAUUUGGAAAGCCAGGAACAAAAAACUUUUUGAACAAGCCAACCAGGAUCCAGUAAAAAUAGUAAGGAAAGCACAGGAGGAAUGGCUUGAGUUUGAACAGGUAGGGAGUACAGACCAGAAGGAGAUCGCAGGGAAGCUGAAUGAUGCCUUACCUACCAGGAGAGUGCGGCCAAGGAAGGAAGAGAUAAGGCUGUAUACCGAUGCAGCGAUAUCAGCUAAACGAGUCAGGACUGGACAAGGGAUUAUAGCAAGAAAUUGGAAAGGGCAGCUUUUGAAAGCAAAAGGAAUUGUCACACAGGGAAAGGGAUCGGCAAGUGAAGUGGAAGCUCGGGCUGUGAGAAAUGCUCUGCUGAUGGCUACCCAAGCAGGUUGGACACAAAUUAUAGUCCAUACAGACUGCAAAUCAGUGGUAGAGCAGAUUACUAAACGCAAGGAGUAUGACUACACGACUGCAACUAUCUUAGAAGAUGUGCAGGAACUUAGUCUAACUUUUGAAAAAUGUUCCUUUGUGUUUAUACCUAGAACUGAAAAUCACAUCAGCCAUCAAUUAGCACAAUAUGCUGUGAAGCUUGUACAUGAUAUUGAAUGGGAAACUGAUUUCCCAAUUUGGCUGACUGAUUUAGCUAGGACAGAGUUGAGGGUAGUAUCCCCUUUUUUGUAA